GGCUCGUCGGCAACGCUAGGGUUUUUGGCUACUCCGCCUCCGCUCUCCCCCCUGCUGCGCGCUACUCGCCCGAUCUCGCGGUGCUGGUAGCGGUGAAAAUAUCUGAGAUCGAGUGAAGCUAGCUUUUCAUCGAUAUGGCGCUUGUACUGCAUGCUGGCAGUAGUAACAAAAAUGCAUUCAAAACACUAAUUGCCGCGGAUUACAGCGGCAUCAAGGUUGAGUUGGUAAAAGACUUUCAAAUGGGGGUUUCCAACAAAACACCAGAGUUCCUCAAGAUGAACCCUAUUGGGAAGGUUCCUGUCCUGGAGACACCUGAUGGUCCUGUCUUUGAGAGCAAUGCAAUAGCAAGAUAUGUUACUCGCUUGAAGGCUAACAACCCACUUUACGGAUCUUCACUGAUUGAUUAUGCCCAUAUUGAGCAGUGGAUGGACUUUGCUGCGACAGAGGUUGAUGCCAGCAUUGGAAAGUGGUUGUACCCACGUAUGGGGUUUUAUCCCUAUGCUGCUGUGACAGAAGAAUCAGCCAUUGCUGCUUUGAAGAGAGCAUUCGGUUCCCUGAACACCCAUCUUGCAUCAAACACAUUCCUUGUUGGGCAUUCAGUGACACUUGCGGAUAUUGUGCUGACAUGCAAUCUUUAUAUGGGCUUUAGCCGUAUCUUGACUAAGAGUUUUACCUCAGAGUUCCCUCAUAUUGAGAGGUACUUCUGGACCAUGGUUAACCAGCCAAACUUCAAAAAGGUCAUUGGUGACGUGAAGCAGGCAGAAGCUGUGCCACUUCUUCCAAAGAAGAUUGCUCCGGCCAAAGAGCAGAAGCCUAAGGAAGCCAAAAAGGAGGCCCCGAAGCCUAAGGAAGCUGAGAAACCAGCAGAGGAAGAGGAGGCUCCAAAGCCUAAGCCAAAGAAUCCCCUUGAUUUGCUUCCUCCGAGCAAGUUGAUUCUUGACGAUUGGAAGAGGCUGUAUUCUAACACGAAAACCAACUUCCGUGAGGUUGCUAUUAAAGGUUUCUGGGACAUGUAUGACCCAGAGGGCUACUCCCUGUGGUUCUGUGACUACAAGUACAAUGACGAGAACACAGUGUCGUUUGUGACUAUGAACAAGGUUGGUGGCUUCCUGCAGCGGAUGGAUCUGUGCCGCAAAUACGCCUUUGGCAAGAUGCUUGUGGUUGGCUCUGAGCCCCCUUUCAAGGUCAAGGGGCUCUGGCUCUUCCGUGGCCCCGAAAUCCCCAAGUUUGUCAUGGAUGAGGUCUAUGACAUGGAGCUCUAUGAGUGGACCAAGGUCGACCUCUCUGAUGAGGCCCAGAAGGAGCGGGUCAAUGCCAUGAUCGAGGACCAGGAGCCUUUUGAGGGCGAGGCCUUGCUAGAUGCAAAAUGCUUCAAGUGAGCCUCAUCUCUUUGGAGUGCUGCUCAGGAAAGAGUUGUUUAGGUUUUUGGGUCUAAUUCUAAAACAGCUAUGAAUGUUAGUUUUGAUCUGGGGUUAUUUUCUGUGCUGUGUUGAGACUUUUGGUCAUGGUAAGGGAAUCGGGGAAGGUUUUAGGCGCGUGCAAUAUUAUGGAUUAUCGCAUUGGAAUCGUGA